AUGCUUUUCCUGCAUGUCCUGCUGGGGACCUUGGUGCUGACUUCAGGCGUGCAAGCAGGCAAAUGUCCAGCCGGGUGCAGCUGCGACCACACCAAGCUCUCGGCCACCUGCCGUGGGAAGAACCUGACCCAGGUUCCUCCAGGUCUUGAGGAGAGCACAGUCAUGCUGGACCUGAGCAACAACAAUGUGCAGGUGCUGGCGAGAGGAGCCUUGGUGGCCACGCCCCACCUGACGCACCUGACCCUGCAGCGGUGCAACAUGGUGCAGGUGAAGGAGGGGGCCUUCCGCACGCUGGGCCGCCUGCUCUCCCUCAACCUGGCCCACAACAGCAUCCAGGUCCUUCACCAGGAGUCCUUGGACGGCCUGUCCUCCUUGAAGGAGCUUCACCUUGACCACAACCGCCUGGAGGAUAUCCAGCCUGGGGCCUUCAUGCAGCUAGGCUCUGUCAACAUGCUGGCUCUCUCCCACAACCAGCUGGUCUACAUCCCCAACAUGCUCUUCCAGGGCCUGCACAACCUGAAGUGGCUCAGCCUGAGCCGGAACUCCAUCAACAACUUGGCCCCUGAGGCCUUUGCCAGCCUGUCGGCCCUCAGGCGCCUCAGUCUGGACCACAACCAGCUGCAGUUCUUCCCCACGCAGGCCAUGGCCAGAGCCCGUGAGGUGACCCGUCUGGACAUGAGCCACAACCCCAUGGUCUACCUGGGAGAAGAGUCCGUCUCCAUGCCCAAGCUCACACACCUGUACCUGGACCACAUGUCCCUGCAGGACCUCUCAGAGCAGGCCUUGUCCCAGGCCCCCAUGCUCUCCCACCUGGACCUGAGCCACAACCAGCUGCGCUACCUGGACCCUCUCUCGGGCCCCAAGAACCUGGCCAGCCUCAACCUGACAGCCAACCCCGUCUACUGCAGCUGCUACCUGCGGCCCCUGAGGACCUGGGCCACCCAGGCCGCCGUCCGGCUGCUGGGGGUCUGCGCCGGCCCGCCUCACCUGUCUGACGAGCCGCUGACAGCCGUGGCUGCCGCCGACAUGCGUUGCCGCAGCGACGGGGACCGGCUAGAGGAGGAGGAAGAGGUGAUGGCGGGCGGCGGCGCCCCGACACCUGCGGCAAAGACCAAGGGCCACGUCAGAUGUCCCCUGAACUGCCACUGUGAUGUGGACUGGCAUCACGCCACAUGUGAGAACGGAGGUCACACCAGAGUCCCGCGAGGCUUUCCCGCCAAAACGCAGCUCCUGGACCUGCGCGGCAACCACUUCCGGGUCCUGGCCGCCAACAGUUUCCCAGGCAGCAGCCAGGUGGUCUCUCUGCACCUGGACUCCUGCAGGAUCCAGGAGGUGGAAGGAGGUUCCCUGCGGGGGAUGAAGAAGCUCCUCUACCUCUACCUCUCUGACAACCAGCUCAGCUCCCUGCCGCCUGACGCCCUGGCAGGUGCGCCCCAGCUCAGCUACCUGCACCUGGAGGGCAACCACCUGGCACACUUCCCGGGAGCAGCGAUGAGACCUCUCCCAGGUCUGUUCGCAUUACACCUGGAGAGAAACGCUAUCUCCAAGCUGGAGCCGUCCGGUAUGCUGUCCUCGGUCUCGCCCCGACUGCGAGAACUCUACCUGAGCAACAACACCAUACGCUCGGUGGCCAGAGGCGCUCUGGACUCCGCCUUCCUUGGGAAACUUCACCUGGCUGCCAACAAACUCACCAAGGUUCCAAGCGCCGCCCUGUCCAGGACCCCCGGUCUGGAGGAGCUCAACCUGUCCCACAACCACAUUCUGUCCGUAGGACCCAACGCCUUCAGGCCGCUCUCCCAAAGUCUGAAAUGGCUCCACAUGGACCGGACCAACACUGAGAAGAUGUCCAUGGACGCCCUGGCAGGACUUGGUCCAGGACUGAAGACUCUCACCCUGAGAGGGAACCGGCUGAAGGAACUUCCCCACUUGCACCGGCUCACCGGCUUGGAGGUGCUGGACUUGCAAGGCAACCCCCUGCUGUGCGACUGCACCUUGCUGCCCCUGCGCAGGUGGAUGGACAAGGUGAGCAUGGAGGUGGGCGCCACCUGUGGCCACCCUGCACACCUGAAAGGUCAGAAGGUCAGGGAUGUGGAGCUUUUCAAGUCUUGUAGUCCAGCAAGCGGCUCUGCUUCGGACACUAAAGGUCUUGUGCUCCCCACUCAAGUAAAGCUUAAACAAGCUCAAGUGAACCUGGUGAAGACUAAACCUGGGAAGAACCUGGUGAAGACUAAACCUGGGAAGAACCUGGUGAAGACUAAACCUGGGAAGAACCUGGUGAAGACUAAACCUGGGAAGAACCUGGUGAACGCUAAACCUGGGAAGAACCUGGUGAAGACUAAACCUGGGAAGAACCUGGUGAAAGCUAAACCUGGGAAAAACCUGGUGAACGCUAGACCUGGGAAGAACCUGGUGAAGACUAAACCUGGGAAGAACCUGGUGAACGCUAAACCUGGGAAGAACCUGGUGAAGUCUAAACCUGGGAAGAACCUGGUGAAGGCUAAACCUGGGAAGAACCUGGUGAAGCAGUCCAAAGCAAAAUAAAGAAGAUUGAAAGAAAACCUGGAGGAGUAACUGUAUCGAAAAAGAAAAAAACUGAUGAAAACUUAAAAUAUUGAUUUGUUUGCGUUUUCUUUGAUGUGCUGAGCAUGUUACAGACUGACAACAUUUGCCGUGCAAGAGUCUUCUAUGUGUUUAAUUUGUGUGGUGUGUGAAUGAAAUAGUCAAUAAAAACAUAAAAACAAUGUAUAUUGUG